CAAAUACUCUAAUUUUUUUGCAUAAUCAGUAUUUUAGAAAUAAAAAGUCUUUAUCAUCUAUCUUAUACCUGAUCUAUGUAAAAAUAAAAAAAUUGGAAAUAAAUCAUAUCUAUUUUUAUAAUAUAAAAUUUUUAUAGAAAUAAUUACAUUAACUUUUACAAUUUAACUUUUAAUUUAUUCAAAAUAAUCGAAAAUGACUGGAAAACAAUUACCACAAGAAGUGACAAAGCAUAGUUUUCGUCAAAAAAUAUGGGAUUAUUUGAUGAAGAAUGAUUUAGUCAAUUUUCCUCUUUCUGUAUAUGAUCGUAUACCAAAUUUCAAAGGUGCUAUAGAAGCAGCACAACGUUUAGCAGAAUUGGACAAUUUUAAACAGGCAAAAAUUAUAAAGAUAAAUCCAGACAAACCACAAGAACCUGUAAGAUUCUUAGCAUUAGUAGCUAAUAAAGAAAUAUUAGUUCCAAUUCCUAAACUAAGAUCUGGUUUGUUUCUUCAUAUUACACCAAUUGCUGGUGCUUCAAAAAAUGAAUUAAGAAUGUUGUCAAAAAUACAUGGUUUGACAGAAGUUGGUAAACCACUUGAUAUAAAUUCUAAAAUAAAGAUAGAUCUUGUGAUAUUGGGAUCUGUAUGUGUUAGUCGUGAUGGAUAUAGACUUGGUAAAGGUAAAGGAUUUGCAGACUUGGAAUUUGCUAUGAUGAUGAGGAUGGGUGCAGUUACACAGGAUACUAUAGUUAUUACAACUGUGCAUGAUUGUCAAGUUUUUGAUAAUCUUCCUCAUCAAAUAUUUAAGGAAUAUGAUGUACCAGUUGAUAUAAUUGUUACACCUAGUGAAACAAUAAUAGUAAAUCCAAAAUUAAAAAAACCUAAUUGUAUUAUAUGGCAUAUGCUUAGUGAAAGGAAAAUUAAAUCUAUAGAGAUAUUACAACAGCUAAAAAAAAUGGAUGAGAAAGAAGGAAAAAUAAUAACUUUAAAGGAAGAAGAUUCAGAUGUAGAAAUAAAAAAAUAUUAUUAUUCUCAUAUAAAAAAUAAGAAACAUUUUAACACAAAGAAAGUUUUCUCAAAUGUUAAUGAUAUUGAAAAAGAAGAAUAAAAGCACGUAAAAACAUGUUUUCUUAAAAAGCGUAAAAUUAAUAAAUUUAAAUUUUCUGAUAUAGUUGAGGUGAAAAUGGAAAGUAACAAUAAAAAUAAGCAACAAUAUCGUCAAAAUUUGAAAUCGAAAUCUAAAUCCCAAGUUGAAUUUUCUUUAAAAUUAUCCAAUAUUUCAUCCGACGCGAGAAUACGCGAUUUGAAAAAUGCUUUAUUAAAGCGUGGUAUUAAACCGAAUGAAAUAACUUGGUUAGGACAUCGUGGUAUUUGUUAUCUUCAUUUCAAUAAACUUCAGAAUAAUAGUUUGCCAAAUCAACCAAUCCAAGUUGAUUCAAUAAUGGCAAAUCUACAGCAGUUAUAUAUUGGGGUAUCUACUAAUAAUACAAAUGAUUUUAUAAUAGUAGAACCUGCUAAACCAAUAUCUAGAAUUGAAAUUACAGACGUGACGUCAGUUUAAAAGACAAUUAAUUUUUGAUAAUAUUCAAUUCAUAUCUUUGUAUGUGAGUUUAUUCUGUCAGUAAUUAUUAAUCUAUAUAAAUCAAUGGCAGUUUAAGUAUAAUUAAAGCUUUAUAAAAUGAUUUAUGAUAUAUUUAUGCAUUUAUGCAUAUAAUGAAUGAAAAAUAAUUGGAUAUUGUAUUGUGUAUAAGUUAAG